AUGUCGACAAACUCGGAUUCUCAAGUCAAGAGAGAAGCAUUCUCCCCUUCACCCGAAUUGACCACUAUCGAUUCGACCAUUCAGGACUCGUCAGCCAAGAAAAAAACAACUUCGCCAGGGAGGAAACCUUCCACACCGUCCAAGAAAAGGGCUGCGUCCUCUGAUCCAAGCGAGGAAGGGUCAGCGAAGAAACGAAAGCCUCAGGCAGCGAAACGGGUCUGGACCAAAGAAGAAGAUGACAUCUUUGCCGAAUUGAUCGAACGGGUAUGCUCAAAACAUCUUUGGAACGAAGUCAAGGAAGAUGGAAGAUUGGAAUAUAGAGGUGGACCAGGUAUCAGAGCUCAUACCAUCGCUUCGCUCAAAACCCUCCGUAAAUCCGCUCCUGGCAAUUGA